AAAUAUUUAUUUUUUAUAAAUGUUAAACAAAUUUCACAAUGGAGAAAAAAGAAAUAACUAACGUACAAGUAUUGUAUAGAGAAUGGGGUUUUUACCUGACAGCCCUGGAGCAAUAUGCGAGAUCUUUACCAUAUUUCAAUAAGGCUUACGAAAAAAACCCUGCCGACAUUGGAACAUUGCUAGGAAGAUCUUGGGCCCUUUCCAAAGUCGUGAGCUAUAAAGAUGCGUUAAUCGACGUCAACAAAGCUAUAGAGUUAGCCCCAGAUAACCUCAUAGCAAGAGCACAUAAAGCUCUAAUAACAUACCUAACAUGCGAGUUUGAAGAAGCGUUGGUCCAAAAUAGAAGGUUAAUACCUUUGAGGAAGAAGCCUGAAAACUUCGUAAUGGGAGUUAUGCAUUGCACUGAAGCAAUACAAAACUGCCUUGGUGAUCGGUGUGGUAGACCUUUAAGAGAUCAUUUUAUAAUUAUUAGGAGACUUGCUUGGAAAGAUCAUUACGCUUCUCUUAAACCCUUUACACCAGCACCCAGACAAAGCCUAUUAAAACCUGAAAAAAGGAGGGAAAAAAAGAAGAAAAAGAAACCUGUAGAGAUUGUUAAAGAAGAUAGCAAAGAAGAAGUAGCAAUAGAGGAAGAUUAUAUCUCUGGAUAUUAUUACGAUAUAAGAAAAAACCUUGAUGAAAUUAUUCCAGAUAUUCUGGAUACAUUGCAUAGUGACGUAACGGAGGAAGAUUAUAUUCCACGUUUCACGAAACCAUUCCCUUAUAAGCCACUGCAAAACUACACUAAAAACAUCAAGAACUACAUGGCGGAAAAAUAUCUGGAGUCGAUGUAUUUGGAUAAAAUUUACUUGAAAAAAAUUCGUACUGAAAAAGGAAUAAAAUCGCCAAACUUUAAUGGUACAGCCAAAAUAAAAAGCUUGGCUUUGAAUGGAUAUAAAACGGUCUGCUACAAACAAGAAUUGCUGCGCACUAGGAGACCAUUUUACUACCUGAAAUAUCUCGAGGUGCACUCCACAGGUGCAUUAAAAUCCAGACAAGAUGAACAAUUCCAGAUACUGCAAGAAAAUGCCACGAAAUAUGCCGAUAAAAGAAUCAAAGCUUUGAAUUUUGGUCUUGCGAAUAAAGAUUGGAAAUAUGUUUUGACAAACGCUGAAAACCUAAUGGCUUUUUGCGAAAAAACUCCUAAGAAUCUACUAAAUAAUAGAGACAUGUAUAUGAGUGCUGUAUACAGUUCUGUAUGCAAUGCUCACUAUGAUAUGAAACGUAUCAAUAAUAACCAAUCAGAACAUGAUCAAUUGAAAAGAGUAAUGGUUACAUUUGGUUUCCCUAUAUCUCGGACUCCAUCCAGAGAUUCUGUCAUUGCUCAAUAUAGAGACAACAUUAUUGAUCACAACAAAUACAUCACACUAUAUCAAGAACGCUUGAGAAAUGCCGAAACUCCAGAAGAACUGGCCUGGAUUUACCACGAACUAUCCAGAUUCUACUCCGAUAAGAAACGAUACGAAUUAUCCAGACUGUACGCCAAAAAAUGUCUAACCGAAGGCAGAAUUUGCGACAACACCAAAUGGGUCAUCAAUGCCCUAACAUUAAUUAUAAAAGUAAACCUUUUGCAAUCCCACAAAAACGAUGCCAAAAACGAAAUACUAAGAGCCAUAGAUGUUAGUAAAGAAAUUGGUGACCCUGCUGUCAAAAAGUUUAUGGAGAAGGCGCUAGUGGUGACCACAGUGUAUAACUUUGAGGAGUUGCAAGGUUCCAAGGAGUUGGAGGCGCGCGAAAGGAAGAUCAUUAGUUUGAUGGCGGAUACGUCGAUGAAAAACGAGGCCGCUCACUUGUUUAGAAUGAUGGCAAUCAUGCCUGCCAAACGUAGAAUGUCGGUUAUGCCCGGAGUUAAGCUUGAGGAUCCGGUGAAAAGAGUGAGCAAUAAAAAAAUGUCCAUAAUGCCUGGGCCUCAAAAGGAAGCAAUGGAUUUGGAUUAUUAUUAAAUAAGAAAUAAAAUUCACAUCGAUACUUUUUAUUCUGUA